UCGGAGCUGCGUAAUGGCUGCUCAGCGGGGCCGGUCCUCCUCUCCUCUGAGGGUCUUGGAAGAAGCUUUGGGUACUGGGCUGGCUGCCGCCGGGGAGCCUGCGGUCGCGGAGGCCGCGGAGGGCGCCUUCUACCUGGAGCAGGUCACCAUAACUGAAACAUCUGAAGAUGAUUAUGAAUAUGAAGAGAUACCAGAUGAUAAUAUCAGCAUUCCAGAAGGUGAAGAGGAUCUGGCAAGAGCGAUGCAGAUUGUUCAAGAACAGACUACAGAUGCUCAAAUUUUGGAACAGGAAACAGUUCUUCCUUCAAGGCAUGCAGCUCCUGAAGUAAUAGAAGACUUUCUGUGCAAUUUCCUGAUCAAAAUGGGGAUGACCAGGACGUUUGGGUGCUUUCAGUCUGAAUGGUAUGAAUUGAUACAGAAGGGAGUAACUCAACUGAGAACUUCUCGGAGUGUUCCAGAUGUCUACGCUCAGAUUAUGCUUUUAGAAAAUGAGAAUAAAAAUUUGAAGAAAGACUUGAAACACUUCAAACAGGCAGCUGACAAGGCCAGAGAAGAUCUGCUGAAAACUCAAAAAGAACGUGAUUUUCAUCGAAUGCAUCAUAAGCGAGUCAUCCAAGAAAAAACCAAAUUAAUUAAGGACCUGAAAGAGCUGAAGUUACACUAUGCAUCUUAUGAGCCCACUAUUAGGGUCUUACAUGAGAAGCACCAUGCUUUAUUGAAAGAGAAAAUGUUGGCCUCCUUGGAAAGAGACAGAGCUGUUGGGAAGAUUUAUGGAACAUGUAAAAUGAAGGGUGCAGAAGCAGGACUUAUUUCUCACAUUCCUGAAAUUAGAGUUCAUCAGACUUGUGCAAAGGAAAAUGCUCUAGAAGGUCCUACUCAGAGAGGUCUUCGUGAAGCCAGGGAACAAGACAAAUGUAAGCCAAAGAAAAAAGACAAUCCAAAAGAUUCAGAAUUUCCCAAAGAGAUGCAAUCAAAUCUAAAUUUGAAUUUAAAUAAAGAAAAUCUUCGUCCACCGAAAUUUGACUACAAACUGAGUAAUAUUUUCAGACUGCAUGAACUUCCAGUGAGCUGCAUCGUGAUGCACCCCUGCAGAAACACCCUGAUCUCCUGUGGGGAGGAUCGCGUCUGGAAAGCAGUGAGCCUCCCAAAGGGCAACGUGCUGCUCACGGGGCGCGGCCACACCGAUUGGCUUUCCGACUGCUGCUUCCACCCCAGCGAACGAUGCAGAAGCACCUUGUAUGGCCACACAGACUCGGUGAACAGCAUCAAGUUCUUCCCCUUCUCCAACACUCUUCUCACAGGUUCUGCAGACAGGACCCUGUCCUUAUGGGACGCACGAACAGGCAGAUGUGAGCAGUCACUCUAUGGGCACAUGCAUUCUAUCAAUGACGCCAUCUUCAGCCCUACGGGUCACAUGAUAGCUUCCUGUGAUGCCUGUGGAGUUAUAAAGCUGUGGGACUUUCGGAAGCUUUUACCUGUUGUGUCCAUUGAUGUAGGCCCUAGCCCUGGCAAUGAGGUGAACUUUGAUUCAUCAGGUCGAGUUUUAGCUCAGGCGAGUGCUACUGGGGUGAUUCAUUUGCUAGAUCUUAAAUCGGGGAAGAUUCACGCCUUGUUGGGCCACCAGAGCGAGGCACACACGGUCGUGUUUUCUCACGAUGGAGAGAGUCUGUUCUCCGGAGGCGCUGACGGCACAAUUAGAACGUGGUCUUGA